AUGGCUCUCAAUCUCCGCCAUAAACAGUCUGAAUGUAUAAUCCAGAUGCUGAACCUGAACCAACCUCUUAAUGCAAACGAGACUCAGACUCUUUACAAGAUGUUGAUCUACGACGAUUUCUGCAAGAAGAUUAUCGAUCCUUUGAUGUCAGUGAAGGAUCUUCUCAAACAUGGAGUUACACUCAACUCUCCCAUCGAUAAGAAGCUGCUCACCAACAAGACAAAAAGAGAUGACGUUCCCGACGUAGCCGUCUACUUUGUUCAACCUACUGAAUCCAACAUCAACAAAAUCGUAGCAGAUGCCUCCACAUCUCCCUGCGUCCACUUUCAUCUGAACUUCUCGUCCUCUAUCCCCCGCACGCUCCUCCACCGCCUCGCGUCGCAGACUCUUAGUUCAGGCUCUACUGGAAGAAUUGCGAAGGUGCAUGACCAGUACUUGGAGUUCGUGUCUUUGGAAGAUAACUUGUUCUCUCUGUCACAGCCCUUUGUCUAUCUUCAGCUGAACGAUCCAUCAGAAGGGGAGAGAGAGGAGGUGAUCGAGAAGGUGGCUAACGGACUCUUCUGUGUAUUGGCUACGCUUGGUGUUGUCCCCGUGAUCAAGUGUCCACGUGGUGGACCAGCGGAGACUGUGGCAGUUUCCUUGGAUAAGAAACUUAGGGACCAUACCAAUCUGUUCAACGAAGGUGGCAGCGGUUUCACGCAGCGGCCUUUGUUGUGUGUUUUCGAUAGAAACUUCGAGCUCUCUGUUGGGAUACAGCAUGACUUCAGAUACAAGCCUCUUGUCCACGACGUUUUGGGAUCGAAGCUCGUCGGUUCUUCGGACCCGUUUAUGUCGGAAAACGGUUCUCUGGAGUUUCCACAAGUCGCUGAGGAGAUUGAAACUCAGUUGAACAUGUACAAGAAAGACGUGGAAGAGAUUAAGAUGAGAACCGGCGGUGAUGAGACUGAUUUGAUUGGGAACACAAAGCAUCUGAUGAACGCUGUGGACUCGCUUCCGGAGAUGACGGCGAGAAAGGAGGUGAUUGAAAAGCACACCAACAUCGCCACCAUGCUCCUUGGAGAGAUCAAGGAGCGGUCUCUGGAUGUGUUCACUGAGGAAGAGCACGUGAUGAUGAAAGGAGGAGGCAGCAUAGACAUGAGCGAGCUUCUAGCUGUUUUGAAUGAGAAAGGUACGAAGAUGGACAAGCUGAGGUUUGCCAUCGUGUACUUACUAUCAUUGAAAACCAUAAACCAGGACGAAGUUGAAGCCGUGGAAGCAGCAUUACAUGAAGCAGAGGUUGAUACGACAGCGUUUCAGUACGUGAAAAAGAUCAAGUCGUUUAACCUCUCUUUAACAGGCUCGGCAGACUCAGCGAGCAGCAGUAACAUUGUUGACUGGGCUGAGAAGCUAUAUGGUCAGUCUAUAAGCGCAGUCACUGCAGGAGUGAAGAAUCUCUUACCAAGUGAUCAGCAACUAGCUGUGGCCAGGACCGUUGAAGCCUUAGCCAAGGGACAGCCGAAUCAAGAAACCGAUUCAUACCUUAUGCUGGAUCCAGGAGCUUCAAAGACGGGAUCUAGCGGUAGUAGCCAUGUGAAGGGACCGUUCAGAGAAGCCAUAGUUUUCAUGGUCGGCGGAGGUAACUACAUCGAGUAUAACAGUCUGCAGGAGCGGUCGCAGCGACAGGAGGUAGUUAAGAAUGUUAUAUAUGGAGCCACUGAGAUACUUACCGGAAGUGAGUUCGUUCAACAGCUAGCUCUGUUGGGACAAAAGAUGGGACUAAGAGAGACAAGAUAA